CAUCGGCAAAUAUCAGGUUUCAGCUUUCAGCAGGAGAGAGUUAAUUUUAGAGGUCAUUUUCUAUUAAACUGAACCCAACUGCACUGAAGAAAACCCACCGAACCCACGGACAGACUGGAGAACAUGUGGUGGUGCCGACCGCUCGUCCUCUUGCCUCCCAUCCUCUCCACGUUUACUGCUGCUGGACUUUGGGUCGUGUACUUCAUAGCUCUCUACAAUGGGAAAGUGCUGCCUCUGACCUCAACAUACAGAAAGGGAAAUGUAUCUGCACAUUCUCCCUACAUAAGCUUCACAGGGAAUUUCCCCCCAGCCAGCUGCUACUUCAGUGAGAUCGUGAACCUGAUGGCGUUCGCAGUGUUUGUCGUGGGCAUCCUCAGGUACUUUCAGCUGAAGACCAAACUAGACAAGCAGUGGCUGAACAUUUUAAGUCUGGUGUGUUCCUCCGUCGCCUGUUUUGGGAUGACGAUUGUGGGAAACUUCCAGCUCCUUGAGAUGUGGGUGAUUCACAACGGGGGCACGUUGCUGGCGUUUGGACUGGGCAACUUGUACUGCUGGCUUCAGUCUUACAUCACCUGGAAAGUUCACCUGAACAACCAGGGGAAAGUUUUUGCUAUCGGCCGUGUGGUGCUGUCUGCGGCCAUCACGCUCUGUGUUAUACUGCAGCAUGCCCUGGUUGUUAUCCCCCACAUGCACACGGUUCGCUGCCAGUGGGCCGCAGUCAUGCUCUUCCUCAUAUACAUCAGCACUUUUGCCAUCGACUUUCGUCACUGCCGCUUUGAGGUGGUGUGCAGAGACACGGUGGAGCGUGAAGAUCGGCAUGAAGAUCCUGAUGGCUCCGAAGAGCAGCAGCCAGAGCUAUAGGAGUGACACAAGGUCUUGUGUUUGAACCCCUGCAGAUGGUGAACAAAUCUCACUAUUCAAGUUGGUUACAAUGUCAUGUUACAAUGUUAUGCUUUGUUUAUAUAUGUUUAUGAUAUAUUGAGAUGUUUUAAUAAGAUACUUGAUACAGCUUCAUGUCUACAUCUUAGAAAGUUUGGCUAUUUCUUCUCACUGGUGCUGAUCGCCACUAAGCUGGAUGUGACACCACGAUCCUGCACUGAUGGAAGGCAGACAGGCAGGCUUGUAUAAAUCAGAUUGAAUCAAUGCAACAGCUGAAUCGCAGUGUGGAAAAAAAAUUAAAUAAGUCAGGAACUGAGCCUGUAUUUUAUUACAUUUAUUACAGAAUAGAGAACAUUUGGUGGUUUGGUAUCAUUGAAACUGGAGACAUGGGGUUGAAGAACAAUGUGAGCUCUAAAAUUUUUUAUUGGAUUAUAAUGUGUGAAACUACGGACGAGUAGACAAAGGAAAAGUAGAACUCAUGAGGUGAUGAGGUUCUGGACUGAAUUCUUUGAAAAUGUUGACCUCCUUGUCAUAGGAAGUCAACAUGUCGCUGGAUUAGCCUUGGUAAAAAUAUCACACCACAAACUGGUAGACAUGCCAAACAAAUGGAUUAUUUUCAAUUUUUAAAGCUGGAAAGUGUUGAGAUUUUCAUGACAGAAAAAAUGUGUACUUUUAUUUUCGAUUACAAGAAUGUAUGUUAUUACUACAGUGUUGUACUUUAUUUCUAUUCUCUUUUGUUCUGCAUGUCAUAUUGGUGAAAGGUUCAUUCAUUUCAGCAGGGAAAUAUUUCAGAUGUUUAUUUCAAUCAUUCUGGCUUGCAGCUACGAGAAGCUAAAAAUCUGUUUUACUAAUUCUGAGUGUUGAAUACAUAAGACAAAUAAAAAAAAUAAGUAACCGACACCUUCCACAUUGAGGAGAAAACCACAAAAAGUUAUUAAAGCUGGAUGCACCAUUGAUCUAUCCAAGCAUAUUGGAUAGGGCAGAAAGUUGAGUAGAAGGAAAAAGUAUCUGAGUGAAAUUAGAUGGAAUCUUUUAUUCUUUAUUGUACAUCCGUGGCUGUUUAAACCUGGUUCAUACAAAAUUUUAUGCAUCCCCUACCCAUCAUAAAAAUGACAGUGAGUAACUGUUAAAAGCUAAUUUCGCUAACAGCUAAAUUAGUUGCUCUUAGCAACUUCGCCGAAACUGUCGGCAUCCUGCUAGUAAAAGUUUAGAUAUUCAAUCAUAGCAUACCCAGUCUUGUCAAAUAAAUAAAUAAAUGGUUUUCAUAGUUUCAUUUUAAAACUGUUCAAACUGAAGAGACGCAGGCGUCUUGCGUGAGAGAAGGUGUUUAUUUCUGGAUUAGUACCGACUCAGUUUACACAUUUGAUCGUCACUCCGGCAUCGUUUCACUCCUCCGUUACAGACGACACAGAUGGCACACGUUAAGACAGACACCGUCCGCCUGCGGCGGGGUUGAGUUAAGACUCACACACUCCGGCAGGAAGCAAGCGCUCCCCGCCGGCGCCGCGGCGGAGCGUUUCUACGCUCUAAAACACGACUAGAGGUCCCGACUGAAGCGCGUCUCGUAGUCGCACAGGCAGACGACGUUUUACAAAAUGGGAACGGUUACGUCACGCUCGUACACAAACAGCUGGAAAAUGGCAGUCAGACACACGGUUCACCUAAAAGUUCAAACGUCAAGUAGUAACCUCACAGUUUCUGCGAUUGUACAGCACCUAUCCACAGUCUCGCCGUCCCGUUCGGGUUGCCAUGACACCGACCUCCCGCUUCAGGUCGUUACAUCACUCUGUACAAAUGAAGGCAUUCCUGCCGUGAUUUCAGGGGUACAAAACGGCAAGCAAAGAGUAUUCAGCUUUUCCACAUUUUGUCAAACUUCUAUGUAUUUUAUAGAAUAGACCAACAAAAAAAGGAGCAAAUAAUAGGAAAGUGGAAUUAUUUUCCAGCACCUCUGACAUAAAUUUGUGAUUUUUUUUAAGCUUUAUUUUCAAUUUUUUACAUGGUCUUGUAAAAAAUGUUUAUGUUGCACAUAACCUUCCCUUUCCCCUGAUUUUCUCAUCAAGUUGUAAUCUUUCCUUUCUCAGAAAAAACCCCACGUCAUCGUCCUGCUGCUGCCUCUGCUCUAACAUCUAAUCUAUGGCUGGCUGGCAAUAAAAAUGGAUUUUAAAUAUGUGGAAAGCAACAGCGAGCMCAACUUCUGUAGAGAAAGGAAAAAGGAUCGACUGACAAGCAACAAGCUUAACAUGACAGAGUCGCAUGGGUUAAACUCAUCGUUUAGCUUAAGGUGGAGAGUUGCAGUGGUCGGUCAGGAAAGGAUGAAACUGAAAAUGAAGCGAUUUGUCCGAUUUGCAGAAAAGUUGCGACGAUAGGUGAAAAUUGCAAGAACGACGACGACAGUUUGCAUUCAUAGCAUCUCCCUGUAGAGACUGAGAAAUCCAGAUGUUCUGUCAAAGUGUCACAGGUUCGUUAGAGAACAAAAAGGACUGUUUGGCCUUCACUUAAAAAAAAAA